AAGAAUUGAGCAAUUUCUAGCAAGACUGAAGAUUAACUAUUCCAUGAAUUCUUUUAUUUAGCAGAUUAUCAAAUUUAACUUGAACAAUGUAGAUGUAGACAUCGUAAAUAAUACAACAUUUGAUAAACCUGCCGUUGUUUUAUUAGUUGGCCAUGGUCAUGCUAUGUGCCACUCGUUGACACCACAUACUCCAUCCAUUGGGAACGUGAACAUCCGUCGUAUCAUCGCAACAGUAAAACCACGCACAAGUUGAAGUUCCCUUUCACCCUGUCCAAAUCUUCCACUAAACCACCACCAAACCAUACCAUCACAUUACAGAUACCCAGACCAUCACAUUGCCCCCACAAUGCUUGACAAAUGGUGAUAAGCACUCCUCCAGCAUCUUUCCAUUUGGACUGUGUCUGACAAAUGUUCUUCUUUGUGAUCUAAACACUUUUUUUAACAUGGCCCAUUAUAUUCAUAAUAAUAAAACAUCUAACUACUCAAGACACCCAUUUUGAAAUAGGUAUUUUUUACAUAUUUAACUGUUAAAAUAAAUAAAUAAUGAAAGGCCCAUGAAAGUCAGGUACUCCUAAGUUGGGAAUCCCUGGCUAACAGUAUCCUUGAUUGGUAUUUUGACAAACAAAUGAACUUCCUGCAUGUAUACCAAACGCCAGUGUCAGGAUAUGAAAACAGGAACACACCUACUCACAGACUGAGUGACAGAGGGCGAGAGAGAUGAAGACGAGUGAUUUUCUCAUAUUUAUAUGCAUUUCUGCAACAAUAAAUAUCAAUGGCAUUAAACCGGAUUGUAGAACUGCUCUUGAAGACUGUCUUCAGUCCAAUGUUGAGUCCUGGACCAGGUGUUAUGAGGAUAAGCUUGCAACAUGCAUUAUAAAGGGAAGACAGAAAAUCCCAAAUUUUCACAGACAUUGGGUCAACUCUUCUAUACAGGCAGAAGAGCACACCAGGUCUGGACACAGCGUCCACAUCCCUGUAAAUGCCCUUCAGAGAAGCAUGAGCAACGACUCUUACAGCACUGACUUUGUAAUGAUUACUAUGGUUGUUCUCAACAGUUCUCUAUUCAAAUGCUGCCAACAGCUGGGGCCAGAUCGAGGCUCUAGGUCAGUGGAGGUUAUGAACCAAACUGUACUAGCAGUGAAGGUGGGGCACCAUGCUGUGAGUGACCUUGACCAGCCUGUCAGAAUCUUGUUCAAAAACAACAAUGUGGCAGACAGAGGGACUUGUGUGUUUUGGAAAGAAUCAGAAGAAAACAAUGGCUCAGGAAAGUGGAGCUCAGAGGGUUGUGAGACCAGUCUCAACCAUGGAACGUUUGUCUGCCGUUGCAACCAUCUCAGCUUCUUUGCAGUGCUUGUGAACUCAAAAGUGUCGGUAGACCGUGUUAAUGCUGCAAAUCUCAGCUACAUCUCUUACGUUGGUUCAGCACUAUCCGUGGCUUUUACAGCAGCGACCCUUGUCAUGUACAUGUGCUUUAGGAAAAGGCACUCUGAACAUUCAACAGGUAUUCAUGUGCAGCUGACAGGAGCGCUCCUGUUUCUGCACAUCUCCUACCUCUUGAGCGAAUGGUGGGUGUGGUAUAAAGCUGGCAGUUCAGAGGGGCGUGUCUGUCUGGCCUUUGGGAUGAUACUGCACUGGGCCCUCUUGUCAACAUUCACCUGGUCAGCCAUUGAAGGCUUCCAUCUCCAUGUGCUGUUGGUCCGUAUCUUCAACAUCUAUGUCAGGAAAUAUCUUCUUAAACUGAGCCUGGUUGGAUGGGGUAUACCUACCGCGACUGUGGUAGCCUGUGGUUUUGCAGGAAUCUACGGCAGACACAGCCUUUACAUAAAGGGGAGUGAUAAUGGUUCUUCAACAGACAUAUGUUGGAUAAGCAGCCUUGGAAUGGUGGUCAGCUACGUUACAGUGAGUGGGUACCUGGGCCUGGUCUUCCUCUUCAACACGGCCAUGCUAGGAGUAGUGAUGGUGAAGCUAUGGAGGCAGAGAGGGAAGGGUGCUCUUUACCAAGAGAGGAGGAGUAGAAUGUGGAAAGACUGGGCCACAGUCCUGGGGCUCAGUUGUGUGCUAGGAAUACCAUGGGGGCUGGCAUUCUGCACCUACGGUCCCCUAUCUCUCAUUGGACUUUACCUAUUCAGUAUAUUCAACAGCUUCCAAGGUGUCUUCAUGUUCCUGUGGUUUCUUGCUCUUUCACGCAAGGGCAGCGCACAACAGCGCUCCUGGUCUGGGAAAGAGCCGUCAAGUCAGAAGAUAAUGGAGACAAGUCUCAACUGACAGGCAACUGUUACUGUAGAACAUGCAAUACAUUCCAGGACGAAAAUGUGGGACACGUUAGCAAUUAACAUUAGUUGUGAAGUUACAGUGGAUGCUAACAGUUAAAAAUAUACUGGGGGGAUAAACUGGAGAGAUUAUUUUUUAGAUGUUGAACCAUACAUCGAAAUCCUUCGCUUUCAAACAUUGAAUUCCAAAACUAAAUCAGGAAUAAUAGUGAUUGUACUUUUAGAUUAUACACAAAUAAACUAUGUUUUCAAGAGGAACAAAAUAUUUUGUUAAUCGCAGACUACAUCUUUAAGAAAGAUCCUUAUGAAUUAAACAUCCCAAUCUAUUCUAAAAAUAUUCAAUACCAAGUACACCAAUAACGUUUUAUUUUUAUACUAAUGGCUUAC